AUGGGCCAGACGACUAGAUUCAGCAGCGAUUCUCUCGAACAGAUCGUUGACAAAGCUGUUCAUGAUGGACAUGGCUUUACUGGAAAUGCCGGUAUCGGGAUGAACCUGUUUCAUCACUUUGUAGAUGUAGAUAGAGUAGCCUUCUUUCCUCUUAUGUUUCACUUUCUUGCCAUCGGCCCGGACAGUUUUCGUCUCGUAAAAAAGCGGUUUCUUUCGAACUUUAAGAACUAUUCUCGUUUUACUUUUUUCAUUUUUUCUUUUUCUUAUUUUUUCUUUUUUCUUUCCUUCUUUUUCUUUUUCCUUUUUCUCUUUUUACACAUUUUCUUUUUUCUUUUUCUCUUUUUUUAUAUGUCUUUUCUUUUUUCGCUUUUUGCAUAUUUUCUUUUUUUCUUUUUCUUUUUGCGUAUUUUCUUUCUUUUUGCUUUUUACAUAUUUUCUUUUUUCCUUUUUACAUAUUUUCUUUUUUCUUUUUUACAUAUUUUCUUUUUUCUUUUUUUCUCUUUUUACAUAUUUUCUUUUUUUCUUUAG